AAGAUCCCGUCUGUCCUGCGGGGGCGACCGGUCUAUGAAGCCACAGGUGUGGGAGCCCUAGGAAAGUCUUGGCCUGAAGCGAGUCUCUUUGGGUAGAAAUCAACUACCAGUGCACUACCCACGUGUCGCCGUGGACACCCGCGCAUACCUGCGCAGCGCGGAACGAAACCCAGCCCCUGGCGCCCGAGGCGGUGGCCGUGGGAGGGCGCAAGGUGCCGGCUUCGAAACGGGAGUGUUUGUGUUCGGAAUUACUCCCCGGGUGCUGCGGCCACAUCUUCCGCUGGGCCGAAAGAGUCCCGUCCAGAGGGUAUUCCCGCAGAUCCACGAUGCGGACAGGGGCGGGAGCGGGGCUGUGACCUCGGCUGGGUGAGCGAUGUAGGUGGAGAGCCCUCCAGGACGGAGGAGCCCGGCUAGUACCACCCGGAAGCGAGCGACUUCACUUAAUCCCGGGUCCUGAGGUUGCGACUUUCAUCUCCCCAUCCCCCGCCCCCGCCCCCGCCGCUGUCCACAGCCGGUGCGCUCACUCCGCAGACAUGGGUGGCUGCGCUCCUAAGAUGCCCAGCCCUUCCCCUGCCCGGUGGAUCCUCUGCUCCCGGCGCGGAGGGGUCCCGCGCCCGUGGGGGCGGAGGACAGGGACCCGGAAGAUGCGGCGUCUCGGGAACAGGAAGGCGUCGGGCCGCGGGGUCCGCACCUCUGCUCCCCACGCGCUCGCGGCUAAGCCGGCCGAGAGCCACUGUCCCGUUUCGGCAGCAUCAGGGCCCCAGCGCCCGGACCGCGUCCAACCCGAGAGUGAGCUGCCCUCUGCCCGUACUGGAAGAUGUCCCAGUCCACCCAGCCCGCCGCCGCUGAUGAGGGGGCCACGUUCCAGCACCUAUGGAGUUCUCUGGAGCCAGACAGCACCUACUUCGACCUUCCGCAGUCGGGCCAGGGGAAUGAGGAAGUGGCGGGCCGUGCGGAGGCCGGCAUGGAUGUCUUCCACCUGCAGGGCAUAAGCGCGUCUGUCAUGUCCCAGUUCAAUUUGCUGAGCAGCACCAUGGACCAGAUGAGCAGCCGCGCGGCCUCGGCCAGCCCCUACACCCCGGAGCACGCCGCCAGCGUGCCCACCCACUCGCCCUACGCGCAGCCCAGCUCCACCUUCGACACCAUGUCGCCCGCGCCCGUCAUCCCCUCCAACACCGACUACCCUGGCCCCCACCACUUCGAGGUGACCUUCCAGCAGUCGAGCACAGCCAAGUCAGCCACCUGGACGUACUCCCCGCUGCUGAAGAAGCUUUACUGCCAAAUCGCCAAGACGUGCCCCAUCCAGAUCAAGGUGUCCACCCCGCCGCCCCCAGGCACCGCCAUCCGAGCCAUGCCCGUCUAUAAGAAGGCGGAGCAUGUGACUGAGGUCGUGAAGCGCUGCCCCAACCACGAGCUUGGGCGGGACUUCAAUGAAGGACAGUCUGCUCCCGCCAGCCACCUGAUCCGCGUGGAGGGCAACAACCUCUCACAGUACGUGGACGACCCGGUCACGGGCCGGCAGAGCGUCAUGGUGCCCUACGAGCCCCCGCAGGUGGGGACAGAGUUCACCACCAUCCUAUACAACUUCAUGUGCAACAGCAGCUGUGUUGGGGGCAUGAACCGGCGGCCCAUCCUCAUCAUCAUCACCCUGGAGACACGGGAUGGACAGGUGUUGGGCCGCCGGUCCUUUGAGGGCCGCAUCUGUGCCUGUCCUGGCCGAGACCGCAAAGCAGAUGAAGACCACUACCGCGAGCAGCAGGCCCUCAAUGAGAGUGCUGCCAAGAGCGGGGCCGCCAGCAAGCGCGCCUUCAAGCAGAGCCCCCCUACCGUUCCUGCCCUGGGCACCAACGUGAAGAAGAGGCGGCAUGGUGACGAUGACGUGUACUACAUGCAUGUGCGGGGCCGGGAGAACUUUGAGAUCCUGAUGAAGAUCAAGGAGAGCCUGGAGCUGAUGGAGCUGGUGCCCCAGCAGCUGGUGGACUCCUACCGGCAGCAGCAGCAGCAGCUCCUGCAGAGGCCGAGCCACCUUCAGCCUCCAUCCUACGGGCCUAUCCUCUCGCCCAUGAACAAAGCUCAUGGGGCCGUCAACAAGCUGCCCUCAGUCAACCAGCUGGUGGGCCAGCCUCCCCCACACAGCUCAGCGGCUGGGCCCAACCUGGCACCCAUGGGCCCCGGGAUACUCAACAACCACGGCCACACCCUGCCGGCCAACGGGGAGAUGAAUGGUGGCCCCAGCUCCCAGUCCAUGGUCUCGGGGUCCCACUGUACCCCGCCACCCCCCUACCAUGCUGACCCCAGCCUGGUCAGUUUUCUAACAGGAUUGGGGUGUCCAAAUUGCAUCGAGUAUUUCACCUCCCAGGGCUUACAGAACAUUUACCAUCUGCAGAACCUGACGAUAGAGGACCUGGGGGCCCUGAAGAUCCCCGACCAGUACCGCAUGACCAUCUGGAGGGGGCUCCAGGACCUGAAGCAAAGCCACGACUACAGCACCCAGCAGCUGAUUCGCUCCAGCAGCAACGCAGCCACCAUCGCCAUCGGGGGCUCGGGGGAGCUGCAGCGCCAGCGGGUCAUGGAGGCCGUUCACUUCCGCGUGCGCCACACCAUCACCAUCCCCAACCGCGGCGGCCCGGCCGGGGGCGCGGGGCCCGACGAGUGGGCCGACUUCGGCUUCGACCUCCCGGACUGCAAGUCCCGCAAACAGUCCAUCAAAGAGGAGUUCACGGAGAGCGAGGCCAACUGAGUGGUGAGGACAAGGCCGGACCCCCUGCCCCGGUGCUACCGACGCGCAGAGCGGAGAGGGCGGAGUCUCCAGCCUCGCUGGAUGGCUGCUGCCUCCCAGUAACCAACUGGCCUGGGAGGCAGGACCCCUGGGCUGCGCCGGUGAAGUGGGGAGGCCCCCCGGAGUUGUGCUGAGGAUGCGCAUCCAAGGUCCGUCCUCUGGAGGGCUCACCGUCCCUGCCUCUCCUUCCUGGGGGCUCUGCUGACAACUGCCAAAAAGUAUUUUUUGAUGUCUCCGGCUCUGGGUAGGGAUGGGGGGGCUCGGUGCUUGUCCCUAACACGUCUGUUCUCCAGUCCAGUCUCCAGACUACAUCUCCGCCCGAGACUUUUCCCUCUGCUGGUCUUGAGGGUCGGUCUGCCCCUUGCACCCUUGACCACUGGUGUAAAGCCCACUGCAGCCACCUCCCAUUUCCUGCCCCAAACAAAAUCGCAAGUUUCACUGGAAUUGGGAAGACUGGUCCCUCCCGGGAAGCAAGGAAACUUCGGGUGGAUGGCCUGCAGCCAGCCUCAUGCCAACACCUCUGGCCACAGUGCCCUUCCUCCAGUGGCCCCCUGAGCAUAGACACGGACACAGGCUUCUCAGACUACUGGGAAUUGUCAAUAUUUGAUAAAAUGAUGCCCUUUUUCUA